AUGAACAAAAAAUGUUUAAUUAAAUAUAUCAUAAUCAUCUUAUUAUUUUGUUUGAUCAUAAAUAGAUAUAGAACUGUUAAUAUAUAUAACAAUGAAUAUAAAAUAAAAAAUAAUAUCUGUUUUGUUUAUCCAUAUACACACAAAUACAAUGAGAAAAGGAAUUCGUAUUUAUAUGCACAUUAUAAUAGAAACAAUUCUUUAAUAAACACAAGAAGAAAUAAUUUUCUUGAUAAACAAAAUGAUAAUGUAACUGAUUAUAUUUAUGGUUUGAAUUCUGUUUAUUCUGUGCUUAAAAAAAAUGAGAGGACAAUAGAGGAGGUCAUAGUUAAUAAGAACAUUAAACUCAAUAGAAAAAUCCAUAAACAAAAUUACGAAUACAUAUUUGAAGAACUUAAAAAAAGAAAUGUAUCAAUAAAAUAUAUGGAAAAAUAUAAAAUGAACGAACUCGUAGGAGGAUUUCCACAUAAUGAUAUUAUUAUGAAAACAAAUUAUAGAUACAUGAAUAAUUAUAAAGAUUUUAUUAAAAACAUAAAACAGUUGCCAAACAAAAAUAAUAUUUUUAUUUGUUUACACGAUGUUUAUGAUAAUAUGAAUAUUGGAAAUGUAUGUAGAUCCAUUUUCUUUUUUGGAGGACAUACAAUAUUUCUAAAAAAAAAAAAAAAAAUUAAUGAAAAAAAAAACACCGUCAAAAUUGACACACCCAUAUUACAUUCCAGUGUUGGUUCAUCGGAAUUUCUGAAUUUUUAUCAUAUAAACAAUAUG